CAGAAAAACCCGCAGUCACCAGACGUGGAGAAGAAAAUUACGCUAGAAGACCUCGAAAACGCAAGACGUGAAAUAAUCAAGCAGCUCAUUCAUAGGCAAACCUUUAAUGAAGAGAUAGCAAAGUUAGUUAAAGGUCUUACGAUCAAAUCCAGCAGUCUAGCCAGACUAAAACCGACCCUUGACGAAGAAGCAAUUUUACGUGUUGGAGGCAGAAUUUCAAGAGCGCCAAUAUGCCAAGACGCUGCGAACCCAAUGAUAUUGCCAAGAAAACAUCACGUGACCAGAAUAUGUAUCCGGUUUCUGCACGAAAGAAACGGUCAUUGCGGGCACGAACAAGUUUUAACCCUAUCUAGAGAACAUUGUUGGAUUCUAAAAGGACGCGCAGCGAUAAAGGAAGUUAUCAACGGAUGCAUUAAAUGCUCACAACUUUCAUCAACUGAUUCUUUCUCAUCUUCUUUUGUUUGA